AACACUCCUCACCAGCCUCCCCCUUAUAAAGCAAACUACACCAAAAAGCAGCCUUCCACUCCCUCAAAAUACAUCCACACCCCUUCACUCCUCUUUCCUUCCCUCACAACCUCACUCUGAUAAUCCAGACCACCAACCCCUCCACACUUGAAAAGCAACGCAACGAUUUUUCUCCCUCUCCCUCUUCCUCUUCCUCUCCCACUUACUACCUUCAGACUAAGAACAUGAGAGCUGGUGGUUGCUCCAUCCACCAAUCCCUCACGCCUGAUGCCGCCGCCAUCGUCAAGCAAGCCAUAAGCCUCGCCCGUCGCCGCGGCCACGCUCAAGUCACCCCUCUCCACGUCGCCAACACCAUGCUCUCCUCCUCCACCGGCCUCCUUCGCUCUGCCUGCCUUCAAUCCCACUCCCAUCCUCUUCAAUGCAAAGCCCUUGAGUUAUGCUUUAAUGUUGCCCUCAACCGUCUCCCCGCCGCCUCUUCCUCCUCUCCACUCCUCCCCCCUCAACACCCUCCUUCCCUAUCCAACGCUCUCAUCGCAGCCUUCAAACGUGCCCAAGCUCACCAACGUCGCGGUUCUAUUGAAAACCAGCAGCAACCACUCCUCUCCGUCAAGAUUGAGCUCGAACAACUCAUCGUUUCCAUCUUAGAUGAUCCCAGCGUUAGCCGAGUCAUGCGCGAGGCUGGCUUCUCGAGCACUCAGGUAAAGUCCAACGUUGAGCAUGCCAUCUCUUUAGAGCCUAAUUCUAAUAUUAACCCUGACCCUAAGAGAAACACUCCGGAAAAGACUGAUGAGGACAUAGCAUGCUUGAUUGAAUGCCUCAUAAGUAGCAAGAAAAGGAGCAUAGUUGUAGUUGGGGAGUGUUUGGGUAGUAUUGAAGGUGUUAUGAAGGGAUUAAUGGAAAGAGUUGAUAAAGGACAAGUGCCUGAGAUUAUGAGAAACUUGCAAUUCAUAACACUUCCACUAUUGUCCUUUAGUGGGAUGUCUAAAAGAGAGGUGGAGCAGAAGAUAAGUGAGCUAAAGUGUUUAUUGAUGAAGAAUUGUUGUGUGGGGAAAGGUGUUGUGCUUUACUUGGAGGAUAUAAAGUGGGUUGCAGAGUUUAGAGCUAAUUGUUAUGAGGCCAGUGGAGCAUUUUAUUGUCCUGUGGAGCAUGUGAUUAUGGAGAUAGGAAGGUUGGUUUUCUCUGGUAUUAAUGGAGGGGAAGAUGGAGGUAUAAAAGGAGGAGGAAGGUUUUGGUUAAUGGGAAUUUCUACUUAUCAAACUUACAUGAAAUGCAAGAUGGGAAAUCCUUCGCUGGAGAUUGUAUGGGGAUUGCAACCUCUUGCUAUUCCUGUUGGAAGCUUAGAGCUGAGUCUCAAUUGCCAUAAUUGUGAUACAGAAAGUCUGAACAAAAGCAGUACAAGUGGAGCUUGGCCUAUUCUAGAAAAUGCAGUUGUGAAUCAUCUCAAUUGUUGCACUAAUUUCCCUAUAAAAUUUGAGAAAGAUGCUCAAGCUUCGACUGCCUCGACCUUACCUUCAUGGCUACAACAUUAUAAGGAAAAUAACAAGAAAGAUACUAAAGAUCUGGAUUAUCUCAACUCAAUCAAUAGAGUUCAAAGCCACACAUCAGAAAUUACACUACAUUUUUCUUCAAUUUCUCCUUCUUCUUCCAUAUCUUCCUACAAUCAUCAUAACACAACAAUAAGCUUGAAUCAAAGCCAUCAUCAAUGGAAGCAAAACCAACUAUGGUUAUUUGAAGGCAUCAAUAGAGAAUUCAAUAAUAGCUCUCGAGCAUUUCCUUUUCCUGUUUCCAACUCUUCUUCUCUUAACCCUAAUUUAAUUUCUACGGCUAAUACCAUAGAUUUGGAGCAUCAAUACAAGUUCAAAGAAUUAAAUGCAGAGAAUCUAAAAAUUCUAUGCAAUGCUUUGGAGAGAAAAGUUCCAUGGCAGAAGACAAUAAUCCCUGAAAUAGCCAGCAUAAUACUACAGUGUAGAGCAGGUAUGAAGAGCAAGGACAAAGAAGACACUUGGUUGUUCUUCCAAGGAGGUGACACAGAAGGUAAAGAGAAGAUUGCUAGGGAGCUUGCAAGCUUAAUUUUUGGUUACCAAAUGAGAUUUUUUGCAGUAGGACUUAGUAACUCCUCGUCAACUAAGUCUGAUUCAACUGAUGAUGCUAGGAACAAGAGGUCUAGGUUAGAAGCUAGCCAAGGUUUCCUUGAGAAACUUGUACAAGCCAUGAAAGAGAAUCCUCAUCGAGUCUUCUUGGUGGAAGAUAUAGAGCAAGUGGAUUUUCAAUCUCAAGUUGCUAUCAAAAGUGCUAUAGAGAGAGGAAGCUUUUGGAGCUUAGAAGGUGGAGAAGUAGCGAUCAAAGAUGCUAUUAUCAUAUUAAGUUGUGAAGCUUUUGAUUCAAGAUCAAGAGAUUGCUCUCCCCCUAUAAAGCAGAAAAUUGAGAGAGAAGAAGGAAAAGCAGAGGAGGUAAGUGAGAAGGAGAAUGAUUCAUAUCUUUGUCUGGAUUUGAAUCUUUGUGCUAUGGAUAAUGAAUCAACUGAAUUGUGGUGUUUUGGGGAGAGUGAGACACUCAUAAGUGUCGUUGAUAGAGCCUUCUUUUUUAAAAAGCUUGAGGAUUUUUAAUUUUUUAAUGACUUUUGUGUUGUUUGAA